AUGACGUUGUUCAUGUCGCUGUUUAACAAUGCAAAAGAAAUUUUAACAAUGUUGCUAAAAAUAAAGAAAAACUUUUGUAGCUUCUUAACCUUAAACCUUUAUGAACUUAUCAAGAAGAAUAAUUACCAGGGAUUCAGUUUAAGUCUGAUAAGACGCUUCUGCAAUUCGAUUGUUAAAUGCUUGCGUCUCUUGUACCACGAGAACAUCAUUCAUUGUGAUUUAAAGCCGGAAAAUGUGCUGUUGAAGCAACGCGGCAGUAGCUCGAUCAAAGUCAUAGAUUUUGGUAGCUCAUGCUACUCACAUCGCAAAGUUUACACUUACAUUCAGUCACGUUUUUAUCGGUCGCCUGAAGUUAUUCUUGGUCUCUCAUACGGCACACCAAUCGACAUGUGGAGUCUCGGUUGUAUUCUCGCUGAACUAUACACCGGAUAUCCCUUAUUUCCUGGAGAAAACGAAGUGGAACAAUUAGCUUGCAUAAUGGAAUUAUUGGGCACACCAUCCGAUGACUUAAUAAAUCAGGCGACACGUCGUCGUCUAUUCUUCGAUUCACGUGGCGUUCCCAGAUGCAUUACGAACUCAAAAGGACGUAAGCGUAAACCAGCAUCGAAGACUUUGUCACAAGCUUUAAGAUGCAACGACACAUUGUUCAUCGAUUUUGUUAGCAAAUGUUUAGAAUGGGAUCCCAAGAAACGAAUGACUCCAGAAGAAGCUGUGCAUCAUGAAUGGCUUCAACCAAGCAGCUCAUCAUCAACAUUCAUCAUUACGUCAUCAACAUCCGCUUCAUCUUUGAUGAAACAUAAUCGCGAUCAGUUGAAAGAAAAUGAUCAGAAUCAGCAACUAAUGAUGCAGAAAUAUCAGAGAUCUCAGCCUAUAACACCAUUAACGAUUUUACCACAAAUAAAAACUCCGUCGAAUCGUGUUAGUCAGAGAUACAACGGAACCAACACUAUUAAUGGCACCAAAGAUACAAGCAGAGUUAAAGUAUUGGCAUCAUCAGCAAGUGAAAUUGAUGCAGCACAACAGCAACAACAAAAGCAGUAUCAAGUAUAUCAACAGCAGAACAUCCGAAAAAUUUCAACAACUUCUAACAAUAACAACAACAAUAUCAACAACAUUAAUAAUAAUAACAACAACAGCAACACAAUGCAUCACUCAACCAUCUCGAAUACGUCUUCAUCAUCGUCAUCUUCUUUGACUGGUGGCUCGGGCAAGUACGGAAUGUCACAUUCACAAAGCACUGGAGAUGUGUCGGCAAUUUUCGGGAGAGCAUGACACGUCAAUGGGUCAAAUACUGUCACAUUGUCAGUGAGUAAAAGCAAUGGAAGCCUCAAGAAUAAGGAACAUCAACAGAAAAUCUUACGAAUGGACAACUUAAUUUAGUGUUUAAGGCGUGAGCCUCUCUAGGACGUCGAACUGAUGAAACCAAAAAGGGAAAUGAUGAAUUUCUAGUUGCUACAAAGCUUUCCAUUAAAUUUUCUCCAGAAAGCUUUUUAAUAUAUUUAAAUAGCUUAAUUCUAAGCUUUCUUUUGAAGUAUUUUUGAUUCUUUAAAUAUAUUCAGUAAACUUUCAAUUAAAUUACAACUUGAAAAGGUAUUGAAGGUCUUAGACUUUCAAAAGAUUGAUCAAUCAAAUGGAAUUCUUAAGAAAUUGCUAUUCGUGUGCUGAUAUACAAUAAUUGAUGGAAUUUUCUUAUCAAAUGUAAAGCUUUUAAGUAGAAUUGAAAGGAGACGUUAGCUAUUGUAACUGAACCGGUAAACUCGUCAAUCUUUUUAAGGAACUGAUGUAAAUUAAACACACAAAUUUCUUUCCCUCUCUCUCUUUUGUAAGCUGUCAAGAUCAAUUUUUUAAAUAUUUUUCACUCUGAAAGAAACAUUUCAUGAGACUGCGUUUCAUAAGAUUUUAAGAUCAUUAGAAGCAGAUUUUUACUCGCUCCAUUCAUCGUAGAAAUUUUCUUUUGUUUUAACUGUAAUUGCUCCAUAAUAAGUCAUUUUCAUUGAUUUUCUUUAGUUCAAUUUUUUAUAUAUCUAACUAAACUACAUAAAGAAUUAAAUUAUUAAUUAAACAAAAUAUGAAGAAAGAAUUUUUUUUUGAGUUUCUCGAGAAAAAUGCGAGAAAUUUAUGAAGUGAAAAAAAAGAAGAAAACAAAAAGUGAUAAUUUAGAUAGUAAAUUUAAUAAUCAUACCAACUCUCUUUCCUUUGAUCUUUUCUGAGUGUCUCGAAUCUGAGAAGAAUCUCGAAAGGAAUGCAGAGAAAUAGGAAAAGAUGUUUCAUGAUAAUUUUUUAAGCUUCUCAUAAAAAUUUAUUCAAUCUUAUCAUUUUUUUAAGAUGUUUUUGUCGUUCAAUUUUCCCAUCAAUUAACUCACAAUUUAUAAAACAAAAACAUUUUCUCUCUUAUUUUACUAAACAUUGAACUUUUAUUGAAUUAUAGAAGAAAUUUAUGUAAUUCUGCCAUUAUUUUUUAAAGCAUAUUUGUCAUACUUACGAAUAGAAUUCAUGAUGAAAACUUCCAAUAAUCAAUAAAUAAAAAUGCCCAAAUAAUGUGACGUUAUCUGACACAAAAGAAUAAAAGCAACAAUGGCUGAUUACGUCAGAUCAUCAUGAAGAUAUAAAGAUAAUUAAAAAUAGUUUGUAGAUCGAUGCUGUAAAUUGUGAAGAAAAAAGCUCCAGAGAAUUUUAGAUAAAAAGCCUCAAAUGUUUUCGUCAUUUAUUUUUUUGUAAAUUAGAAAUUUAUAAUCAGAAUCAAUGAAUUAAAAAAUAAAUUCGUUCAAUCUUCGUGGCCUCCCUCUCAGAAAAGAAAACCAGAAUUAGUAAUGUCGUAGUUGAAUUGAUAUCUAUAAAUAAAAAUAUUAUUGCGACCAAAUUGUAAAAUAAAAAAGUCAAUAAAUUUAAAGGAAAUAAAAGGAAAAAUAAAUUCAUUAAUCAAAACAAAAAAUUGAAUGAAUGUUUGUAGCGAUGUUUUCGAAAGAGCGUUGUCUUUGUAAUCAUAUUGAUAAUAAAAAAAGUUUUGUGUAAAUUACAAAUAAAUAUUUGAAGGAUUUAAAAGAAAAACGAGAAAACAAUAAAAAUAAUAUUUCAAAAAUAAUGAAAUUCGUUUUUUUAUUAUCUUUGAGCAUAAACAUCGUAAUUCAUUAACAAUUUACAGAGAAGGAACAUUUCAGAAGGCAUUCGUUGUUAUUUAAAAAAUUACG